AUGUCGACGCGGAACAUGAAGCUCCAAGCAUGGGCCGACGUCGUGCUGCGGCGCCACGGCGGCCGGUUCGCGACGCACCCUAUCUUCGCCUUCCUCGUCUUUAACAUGGGCGUACGGUCUAGGAACCGCCAGGCCAGCAUGCUAGGCGUCACGAGGAAGAACUUCGCAAGGGUCGAGGGCCUGUUAAAGUCGUUAACGGCGCAGAGGCUCGAGGCGGCGAGGGUCGAGCUCGAGGCCACGGGCAAGACUAGCGACGACGGGGUAAAGGAGCUCCUCCGGUCCCUCUCCGUGUUCGGUUACCGGCAGCCGAUGUCGAGGGAGAGCCGCCUCAUUGCGGCUGGCGGCACACCGCGGCGCGACCCGGACGAGGCCGAGGCCUUCCUACGAGACCUAGGGACCGCGUAUAAGCGGACGCGGCUGGCCAUAUCGGACCCGAUGAGCUCGGUCGUCUUCUUCCACCGGGAGAUGACGCUCUUCUUCGAGCACUACAUCAAAGUCGGGGAGGAGUCGGUGUUCGGCCACGUCGGCGCGUACUACGGCGCGGUCGAGACCAACGAGCGAGGCGCUCUCCACAUCCACGGGCUCCUCUGGCUAAGGGGCAAUGCUGGCCUCGGCGAGGCGCUCGCCGGCCCCGAUACGGAGGAGCAGGCGGCGUACCGGGAUCGCAUCGUCCGCUACGUAGACAGCGUCUUCUCCGAGGAGCUAGACGCGGAAGGUUACUGCGCCGUGCAAGCGGAGCGGUCGGCAACGGCGGACAUAUCGUCGCGGCUCGACGACGUCGCGCGCUUCACGGACACCUUCGACGAGGAGGCCAACUUCUGCGCCGGCGCGACGCAGAUCCACACGCAUAGCGCGACCUGCGCGCCGUGGAGGCUGGUGGAGAGGACGGCGCUGACGGCGGACGGGGUGCUCGAGAUCCGGCGGACGCAUAGCAUGGUGAACCGGUGGAACCGGGCGAUGGCAGUAGGGCUACGGCACAACCACGACAUCUCGUUCAUCGCGACGCAGCGCAAGACCAUGGCCCUAAUCUACUACAUUACCAACUAUGCGACGAAGGUAGAGGACCCCGUGUGGAAGCGUGUGGCCGCCGCGGCCGAGUUCCUCCCCGCGCUAGAGCCGACGGGAGAGGGCAACGGAAGUGGCGCCGACCGCGACGCCGGCCGAUGGGGCGGGGCCGAAGGGGUGGCGACGGCGGCGGACCCCAUAGGGGGGAACAAGACGAGAACGUUCCUGCUCAAGGCGGCGAACCGAGUAUUUACGGAGCGGCCGCUGUCGCAGGUCGAGGUGAUCGCGCACCUCCUAGGGUACCCGGCAGAAUUUAGCAGCAGCUCGGCGUGGGCGUACGUGAACGCGAACCAGCUCUACUGGGCCGUCUUCCGCCGGUGGCGGCACCUCCGACGGGCGAGCGGCGCGGAGGCGACGGGCGACGCGCCGGACGAGACGGUCGUCGUCGAGGAGGCCGGCCCGAGGAUCCCCCUCGUCGGGGCCUACCGGCACAGGGGCGAGCUCCUGCGGGGCCUCUGCCUUUAUGACUACGCAUCGCUCGUAAGGCUAAAGCGAAACGGCCGCGGUGCCGACGGUGGGACGGGCUGGGGCGAGGUACCCUUCGCGGAGAGCUGGGCGUCGGGGAAGGGCUGGGUGCAGGCGCUUAGGCGGCCGGGUAGCGGGGCGACCGUAUGCCUCGACGGAUACCUCAGCAAGGAGUUUAGCGAGGGAGACGACGAGUCGUGCCACCGAAGGGCGGCGGUACAGCACCUGGCCCUAUUCGUGCCGUGGGAGUCCUUCCUCGGCGAGGAGGCAGGCGACAUCGACGACAUCUGGGCGCGGGCGCGGGAGUCGCUGGCGCCGAGGGUCGCGCGGCUCGCAGACAACGUGCAGCUCCUCCGGCGGUCGGCGGAGGACGCGAAGCGCGACGCCAAGCAGUGGGCCGCCACGGCCGAGGAGGGCGGUACGACGGUGCCGCAGGCCGGCGACGAAGGCAGGGGGGCGGCCGAGGGGGGCGAGGAGGCGUACCGCGCCGGCGGGGCGGGCGACGCGGCCCGGCUCAUCGACGUCGUCCGGAAUGCCGCCGGCGCGGGACAAGUCACGGCGCAGUCAACAGAGCUGCUAGCGAUGACGCAGCAGCUCUGCCGGUUCCAGCAGUCGGCGCUGGGGUCGGCGGCCGAGCUCGCGGCGACGGUAGUGGCGGAGGAGAGGGCAGGCAGGCGGGUGAACCUACCGGGCUCGGAGCUCUCGGGGGCGGCGCUGCCACGGCAAGAAGAGGUGCGGGCCAUCAAGUCGCAGCAGAGGAGCGCGGCGCGGGGGCGGGAGCGAGCCAUCCAGGGCAUCCAGGGCGGCGGGGCGGCGGCGGGCGUCGGGGCCGACCGCGGCGCGGCUCUUCGCGGGGUGAUGGGGGGCUUCGGCGAGGACGACAUGGACGUAACGGCGGCCGACGGCGACGUAGACGCUGGCACGGCGGCGGGGAUGCGCGCCAUCGCUCUCCUAAUCGUAUGCCGGCAGCUCGACCGAAUCCGGCAGCUCGACCGAAUCCGGCAGGGCGACGACGCAGGCGGCGAUGGCGGCGGCCAGCUCUGCCUGUUCAUCGGCGGCGAGGGCGGCACCGGCAAGUCGCGCGUCAUCGAGGCGCUCGUCGAGCUGCUCGCCCGGAGGGACCUAUCGAGCCGGCUGCUGGUGACGGCGACGUCGGGCACGGCGGCAGCACGGAUCAACGGCAUCACACUACACUCGGCCUGCGGCCUUACGGGCGAGCGCUUCGUCGACGGCCGGUCGCGGAUGGACUGGCAGGAGAAGGAGGUGCUGGUGAUCGACGAGGUCAGCAUGCUCGGGGCGCGGACGCUGCACGCCGCCAACGAGCAGCUGUGCAGGCUGCGGGGGUCGGCGCGAGACUUCGGCGGCAUCCCGGUGGUGAUCUUCUGCGGCGACUUCCACCAGUUCCGGCCGGUGCAGGAGCGGUCGAUCCUGCUGCCGAGCGCGGCGGUGGCGUGGGACGAGGACGGGGCGUUCGCGGCCGAGCAGCGGCGGCAGCACGACAAGGCGCACGCGCUGUGGCGGCGGUUCACGACGGUCGUCAUGCUGGACGAGCAGAUGCGGGCCGCCGGCGACCGGAGCUGCGGCGGCUGCUCGGGCGCAUCCGCCGGGGAGCAGGACCGAGGCGGCGCUCGCGUUCCGGGCGCGGCGGCGGACGGCGGCGCGCGUCUUCCGUCCGAGCACAAGUGGAGGGAGGGCCUGCCGACGGAGGAGGAGGCGUUGCUAAUGCUGGGCCAGGGCGACGAUAGCGCGACGCCGGUCCCGGCCGUCUUCGUCUUCGUGCCCGGCAUGCCGGUCGUCGUGAACCAGAACACGCACCAGGGGCUGAAGCUAGUGAACGGCGCCGGGUACACGGCGGUAGACGUCAUCCCCGACCGGGCCUUCCCCGGCCACCGGGUCUCGGCCGAGCUGACGAUGCACUUCGGCCGCCGGCGGGCAUCGUGCUGGCUUCGGAGACGACGAGGACUUCCACUUCAUCACGGCGCAGCGGAAGCGGCCGUGGCAGCGCAACGACGUCAGCCGGAGGGCCUGCCGUGCGCGGCGGCCUUCGCCUGCACCGACUACAAGGUGCAGGGCGGGACGCUGGAGCGCGUGGCGCUGGAGCUGCGGGGGGCGAGGAUGACGACGGUCGAGGGGAGGGCGGUGCCGUCGCCGUGCGACCCGUACAGCCUGUACGUGCAGCUGUCGCGGUGCCCGACGCUCGACGGCAUCAUGCUCGUAUCGGAGGUGCGGGAGCGGGAUCUAGUCGGGAACCGGGUGCCCGAGGAGAUGACGGCAGCGCAGGCCCGGCUAGAGGAGCUUAGCAGGCAGACGACGCAGGAGGCGGCCGACUGGCUCCGCGGGUAA